GACAUCGCUGCGAAGGUAUUUACAGGGGGAGACCUGAGCCUCUCAGAGGUGAUGUGGAGAUCGAUGGUCCGCGCAGGUUUCCAUAGCGGUGCAGUAUACGUAGCGUCGCACAGCUCAGAUCUGACAGAUAUUGUGUCAAUCGGUGUCUGGUUCGGUCCAGGCGAAGUCCUUUAUGCUACAGAGGAGCAGCGCGCUUUGGGAUUUAAUGAAUUCUUUUCCAAAAUUGCUCCUGAAUAUCAAGAAUGGAUCACCAAU